AAUCAUCUUCCUCCCGGAAAAGAAAAAAAAAAGUUGCCGUCGCUCUCUCUCUCUCUCUCUCAAGGGUUUCUAUUUCCCGCGCAUUAUAGACGAAAAAAAUGGCUCCUAAAACGGAUAACACAGAAGCGAUCGUUCUCAAGUUUGUAAACGAGCAAAACCGACCUCUAAACACGCAAAACGCAGCUGAUGCUCUGCAGAAGUUUAGCCUCAAGAAGACGGCUGUUCAGAAAGCGCUUGACAGCCUCGCUGAAUCUGGCAAAAUCACUUUCAAGGAGUAUGGGAAGCAGAAGCUGUACAUUGCUAGGCAAGACCAGUUCGAGAUUCCAAACGCUGAGGAACUUGCUCUGAUGAAAGAGGAGAAUGCAAAGCUCCAGGAGCAGCUUCAAGAGAAGAGGAAGACCAUCAGUGAAGUGGAGUCAGAAAUAAAGAGCUUGCAGUCAAACUUGACACUAGAGGAGAUACAAGAGAAAGAUGCUAAGCUGAGGAAAGAGGUUAAGGAAAUGGAAGAGAAACUGAUCAAACUACGCGAAGGUGUUACGUUGGUGAGGCCGGAAGACAAAAAGGCUGUUGAAGAUAUGUACUCUGACAAGAUCAACCAGUGGAGAAAGCGUAAGAGGAUGUUCAGAGACGUUUGGGAUACUGUCACUGAGAAUUUUCCCAGAGAUAUCAAGGAGUUUAAGGAGGAGCUUGGAAUUGAAUAUGAUGAAGAUGUUGGCCUAAGUCUGCAGGAAUAUUCUGACCUGAUUCCGCAUGGUAAAAAGAGGGGCAGAGGGCAGUAAUUUACAGGUUUACUUACCUCAUUGGUCGUAGAAGAAGCAACUUCUAGUUUCAGAACGAUGUUAUUUUCUGCAGCAAUCUCCUUCAAAACCUUCAUCCUAGCUUCUCUUGGUGGAUGUCUUGUCGACAACUUCUGAAUUAUCUAUAGUAGUAACACCAAAAAAGAAACAUGAAUAUAUUAAGUUCAGUAAGUAUUUUCUUCUGUAUGUAGAGAUAUACAAUACAAGGUAUUUGAAUACAUUAUAAGGUUGAGUUGAAUCAAAGUUGCUUACUUUGGGAUUAACCCCACAAUCA